AUGCUCGGCGUCGGCUGGCAGACGCUGUCCCUGUCUCUGGGGUUAGUGCUGGGGAUCCUGAACGAGGUGGCGCCUCAAGCGUGUCCGGCGCAAUGCUCUUGCUCGGGCAGCACAGUGGACUGUCACGGGCUAGCGCUGCGCAGCGUGCCCAGGAAUAUCCCCCGCAACACCGAGAGACUGGAUUUGAAUGGAAAUAACAUCACACGGAUUACCAAAACGGAUUUUGCUGGUCUUAGACAUUUAAGAGUUCUUCAGCUAAUGGAGAAUAAGAUCAGCACCAUCGAAAGAGGGGCAUUCCAGGAUCUUAAAGAACUGGAGAGACUGCGUUUAAACAGAAAUCACCUUCAGCUGUUUCCUGAGUUGCUGUUUCUUGGGACUUCGAAGCUCUACAGGCUAGAUCUCAGUGAAAACCAAAUUCAGGCAAUUCCAAGGAAGGCUUUCCGUGGAGCAGUUGACAUUAAAAAUCUGCAGCUGGAUUACAACCACAUCAGCUGUAUAGAAGAUGGGGCAUUUCGGGCUCUCCGGGACCUGGAAGUGCUCACUCUCAACAAUAACAACAUUACCAGACUUUCUGUGGCAAGUUUCAACCAUAUGCCUAAACUUAGGACUUUUCGCCUGCAUUCCAACAACCUGUACUGUGACUGCCACCUGGCCUGGCUCUCCGACUGGCUGCGUCAGAGGCCUCGUGUGGGCCUCUACACCCAGUGCAUGGGCCCGUCCCACCUGCGGGGCCAUAAUGUAGCCGAGGUUCAGAAACGAGAAUUUGUCUGCAGUGGUCACCAGUCAUUCAUGGCUCCCUCUUGCAGCGUUUUGCACUGUCCAGCGGCUUGUACCUGUAGCAACAAUAUCGUAGACUGUCGUGGGAAAGGUCUCACUGAGAUUCCCACGAAUCUGCCUGAGACCAUCACGGAAAUACGUCUGGAGCAGAACUCAAUCAAGGUCAUCCCUCCUGGCGCUUUCUCACCAUAUAAAAAGCUCAGAAGAAUCGACCUGAGCAAUAAUCAGGUCUCUGAACUGGCACCAGAUGCUUUCCAAGGACUGCGCUCCCUGAACUCACUUGUUCUCUAUGGAAAUAAAAUCACGGAACUCCCAAAAAGUUUAUUUGAAGGAUUAUUUUCCUUACAGCUACUGUUAUUGAAUGCCAACAAGAUCAACUGCCUUCGGGUAGAUGCCUUCCAGGAUCUGCACAACUUGAACCUUCUCUCCUUAUACGACAACAAGCUUCAGACCAUCGCGAAGGGGACCUUCUCACCUCUACGGGCCAUUCAGACCAUGCAUUUGGCCCAGAACCCCUUUAUUUGUGACUGCCAUCUCAAGUGGCUGGCUGAUUAUCUCCACACCAACCCCAUCGAGACCAGUGGUGCCCGCUGCACCAGCCCCCGGCGUCUGGCAAACAAAAGAAUUGGACAGAUCAAAAGCAAGAAGUUCCGUUGUUCAGCUAAAGAACAGUAUUUCAUUCCAGGUACAGAAGAUUAUCGAUCAAAAUUAAGCGGGGACUGCUUUGCAGAUCUGGCUUGCCCUGAAAAGUGUCGCUGUGAAGGAACCACAGUCGACUGCUCCAAUCAGAAACUCACCAAAAUCCCAGACCACAUUCCUCAGUACACUGCAGAACUACGUCUCAAUAAUAAUGAAUUCACUGUGUUGGAAGCUACGGGAAUCUUCAAGAAACUUCCUCAGUUGCGCAAAAUAAACUUUAGCAACAAUAAGAUCACAGAUAUUGAAGAGGGAGCAUUCGAAGGAGCCUCUGGUGUGAAUGAAAUACUGCUCACGAGUAAUCGCUUGGAAAAUGUGCAGCAUAAGAUGUUCAAGGGGUUGGAAAGUCUCAAAACUUUGAUGUUGAGAAGUAAUCGAAUAAGCUGUGUAGGGAAUGACAGCUUCAUAGGACUGAGUUCUGUGCGUCUGCUUUCUUUAUAUGAUAAUCAAAUUACUACAGUUGCACCAGGGGCCUUCGACACCCUCCAUUCUUUAUCGACUCUGAACCUCCUGGCCAACCCUUUUAACUGUAACUGCUACCUGGCCUGGCUGGGGGAAUGGCUCAGGAAGAAAAGAAUCGUCACGGGCAACCCUCGAUGUCAGAAACCAUACUUCCUCAAAGAAAUCCCCAUCCAGGACGUGGCCAUUCAAGACUUCACUUGCGAUGACGGAAAUGAUGACAACAGCUGCUCCCCACUCUCCCGCUGCCCCACAGAGUGCACCUGCUUGGACACAGUGGUCCGAUGUAGCAACAAGGGCUUGAAGGUCUUACCCAAAGGAAUUCCGAGAGAUGUCACUGAACUGUAUCUGGAUGGGAACCAGUUUACACUGAUUCCUAAGGAACUCUCUAACUACAAACAUUUAACGCUCAUAGACUUAAGUAACAACCGGAUAAGCACCCUUUCUAACCAGAGCUUCAGCAACAUGACCCAGCUCCUCACCUUGAUUCUCAGCUACAACCGUCUGAGAUGUAUUCCCCCUCGAACCUUCGAUGGAUUGAAGUCUCUUCGAUUACUUUCUUUACAUGGAAAUGACAUUUCUGUUGUGCCUGAAGGUGCUUUCAAUGACCUUUCUGCAUUAUCACACCUAGCAAUCGGAGCCAACCCCUUGUACUGUGACUGCAACAUGCAGUGGUUAUCCGACUGGGUCAAGUCAGAAUACAAAGAACCUGGCAUUGCUCGCUGUGCUGGUCCCGGGGAAAUGGCCGAUAAACUGUUACUCACAACUCCCUCCAAAAAAUUUACGUGUCAAGGUCCAGUGGAUGUGACAAUUUUAGCUAAAUGUAACCCCUGCUUGUCAAAUCCAUGUAAAAAUGAUGGCACUUGUAACAACGACCCAGUUGACUUUUAUCGCUGCACCUGUCCAUAUGGGUUCAAGGGGCAGGACUGCGAUGUCCCGAUUCAUGCAUGCAUCAGUAACCCGUGUAAACAUGGAGGGACCUGCCACUUAAAAGAAGGAGAGAAAGACGGAUUCUGGUGUAUUUGUGCUGAUGGAUUUGAAGGAGAACAUUGUGAAAUCAAUGUUGAUGACUGUGAAGAUAAUGACUGUGAAAAUAAUUCUACGUGUGUCGAUGGGAUUAAUAACUACACGUGCCUUUGUCCACCUGAGUACACAGCUGCUAAUCUGAAUGAGGUGGAAAAAGGCGAGUUGUGUGAGGAGAAGCUGGACUUUUGUGCCCAGGACCUGAACCCUUGUCAGCACAACUCCAAGUGCAUCCUGACGCCAAAGGGAUACAAAUGUGACUGCACCCCAGGAUACAUCGGUGAGCACUGUGACGUGGAUUUCGACGACUGCCAAGAUCACAAGUGUAAAAACGGAGCCCGAUGCACGGACGCGGUAAAUGGCUAUACAUGCACCUGCCCCGAUGGUUACAGCGGCCUGUUCUGUGAAUUUUCCCCACCCAUGGUCCUCCCGCGGACCAGCCCCUGUGAUAAUUUUGACUGCCAGAAUGGGGCCGAGUGCAUCAUCAGGAUGAAUGAGCCCAUAUGCCAGUGUUUGCCUGGCUACCAGGGGGAGAAGUGUGAGAAGCUAGUUAGUGUGAAUUUUGUAAACAAAGAGUCCUACCUUCAAAUUCCUUCAGCCAAGGUUCAGCCUCAAACAAACAUCACACUUCAGAUUGCUACAGACAAAGACAGCGGGAUCCUCCUGUACAAGGGGGACAAAGACCACAUUGCGGUGGAACUCUACCGGGGGCGUGUCCGUGCCAGCUAUGACACCGGCUCUCACCCGGCUUCUGCCAUUUACAGUGUGGAGACGAUCAAUGAUGGAAACUUUCACAUUGUGGAACUGCUCGCCCUGGAUCAGAGCCUCUCCCUCUCCGUGGAUGGAGGGAGCCCCAAAGUCAUCACCAACUUGUCAAAGCAGUCCACUCUGAAUUUCGACUCCCCACUCUAUGUAGGAGGCAUGCCCGGGAAGAACAAUGUGGCUGCGGCCCUGCGCCAGGCCCCCGGGCAGAAUGGCACCAGCUUCCACGGCUGCAUCCGCAACCUCUACAUCAACAGUGAGCUGCAGGACUUCCGCAAGGUGCCCAUGCAAACCGGCAUCCUGCCGGGCUGUGAGCCGUGCCACAAGAAAGUGUGUGCCCACGGCACGUGCCAGGCCGGCAGCCCGUCGGGCUUCACCUGUGAGUGCGAAGAAGGAUGGACAGGGCCCCUCUGUGACCAGAGGACCAAUGACCCCUGUCUUGGAAAUAAGUGUGUGCAUGGCACCUGCCUGCCCAUCAACGCUUUCUCCUACAGCUGUAAGUGCCUGGAGGGCCACGGGGGUGUCCUCUGUGAUGAAGAGGAGGAUCUGUUGAACCCUUGCCAGGCCAUCAAGUGCAAGCAUGGGAAGUGCAGGCUCUCGGGCCUGGGGCAGCCCUACUGCGAAUGCAGCAGUGGGUACACCGGGGACAGCUGUGACAGAGAAGUGUCGUGUCAAGGGGAGCGGGUCAGAGAUUAUUACCAGAAGCAGCAGGGCUACGCCGCUUGCCAGACAACCAAGAAAGUCUCCAGGCUGGAGUGCAGAGGCGGGUGUGCAGGCGGGCAGUGCUGCGCGCCCCUGAGGAGCAAGCGGAGGAAAUACUCUUUCGAAUGCACUGACGGCUCCUCCUUCGUGGACGAGGUGGAGAAGGUGGUCAAGUGCGGCUGUGCCAGGUGCGCCUCCUAACCGCCUGCCCUGCUGAGCUCGUCUUGGGAAGAUGUCGUCUCCUCCUUGACCACGUUGGACUCAUGAAUGCUUCAUAGUGGAAAUAUUUGAAAUAUAUUGUAAAAUACAGAACGGACUUAUUUUUAUUAUGAGAAUAAAGACUUUUUUUCUGCAUUUGGGAAAAAAAUAGAAAUGCUUGAACUACAGCUUCCCCUACGCUGGAGAAGUGUGGAGGCCGGUAACCCCGGAGGCAGGAGGACCACGAUGGGAACCGCGCUGAAAACCCCGCAGAAGUGGGCGGCCGGAGCUGCUGCGCGCCUGCGUGAACUUGCCCUUGUCCGCGACUCUGCGUUCACGAGGACGCACCAAGUACGUGCAUGAGAGGCAGGAGGCAAGGCAGAGGACUGGGACCCGGCCUUCACGGAGAGAACAAACAGAUGAGAAAUAUUUUGUGCAAAAUACAGAGUGUCUCUAAAACCUGGGUUCCACUCGUGAGAGAAGACGGGAAGGCUAAAAUUUUAUCUUCUUUUUAAACAUCAGCAUGUUAGCAGAAGAAGCACACAAAAGUGUUUAUCUACCGUUUUCCAGUAUUAAUUUUUUGUAAUAUAAAUGAUAAAAGAGAUGAUGAAGAACCAAUAGAUUAUUGAUAAAUAAAUUAGUAAUAAUAUGAAUUUUUGUUUCUAUGAGUUCUAAACAUCCCUAUACAGUAUUCAGUUUCAAGGAGAAAUAUUUAUUGUAUCAAAGUACAUUGUACUUAACAUUUUAGGCCAUCCUUUUGCUGUGUCUCGAUGCUUUAAUAUAUAUUAAUUUAUAAUUAUCCUGAUAUUUUUGUACAUUUUUCAAAUCUAAAAAAUCAGGAUUUUUUUUUGGCAAUAGAACUAACAUAGGGUGUUAUCUCGGGAUCAAUGUGUGUUGGUCUGUUUGUUUACUUUGACAUCUGACCACCGGUGUCACUGACCUAGUGGCCUCACUCAGGACACCUGCAGGGAGUAUGCAAGUCCUUGUGUGAGAGGGUCCUGUACAGACAGGAGUGGCUCCUGUCCUCACCGAACAGAGAGGGUGCAUAGCAGUCGACGCUAGAAAGUAGAUCUUUUACAGAUUAAUGUCCCCUUGACUGUUUUGGCCCUUUGGGGAGGGUGGGGGUGGAGGCUGAGAGAAAAGGCUGUAAUAUCAAGAACUGUGAUUUUUUUCCAACCAAUAAAGCUCCUUUGUUACCUUAAUGUUCCCACGUUAACAUGUUUGCUGCUAAAUUAUGAUGUAGAAUUGAUGAUGAUUUAUAGUGGUCUGUGCUCUUCCCUCCUUAAAAUCCCAGGGUAUCCUAUAAAGGCAGAUGUUUCUUUCCAAAAACUUUUUUUACAGAGAAAAUUAGAUGUACAUGUAUAAUUCAAUGUGCUUUGUCUUUCUCCAGACUAAUAUCAGUUAUACUACUGAUGUUUGUAAAUUAAACAGAUAUUUACUGCA